AUGUCCCAUUUCUCCACGUGCCACUUAGUGAUGUCCCGUUUCUCCACGUGCCACUUAGUGAUGUCCCAUUUCUCCACGUGCCACUUAGUGAUGUCCCAUUUCUCCACGUGCCACUUAGUGAUGUCCCGUUUCUCCACGUGCCACUUAGUGAUGUCCCAUUUCUCCACGUGCCACUUAGUGAUGUCCCAUUUCUCCACGUGCCACUUAGUGAUGUCCCAUUUCUCCACGUGCCACUUAGUGAUGUCCCAUUUCUCCACGUGCCACUUAGUGAUGUCCCAUUUCUCCACGUGCCACUUAGUGAUGUCCCAUUUCUCCACGUGCCACUUAGUGAUGUCCCAUUUCUCCACGUACCACUUAGUGAUGUCCCAUUUCUCCACGUGCCACUUAGUGAUGUCCCAUUUCUCCACGUGCCACUUAGUGAUGUCCCAUUUCUCCACGUGCCACUUAGUGAUGUCCCAUUUCUCCACUGGGAGAUGA